AACAUAAUUGUGUUAAUGAUGUUUGUUAAGUUCAAAGAGUUCCGCACAGCAACCAAUGCAAUUAUCGUGAACCUGGCUUUCACUGACAUUGGGGUGAGUUCCAUUGGUUACCCAAUGUCGGCUGCAUCAGACCUGCAUGGCAGCUGGAAGUUUGGCCAUUCGGGCUGUCAGGCUUAUGCAGCUCUAAAUAUCUUUUUUGGGAUGGCGAGCAUUGGGUUACUUACUGUAGUGGCUAUUGACCGGUACCUGACAAUUAGUAAGCCUGAAAUAGGAAGGAAGAUGACCAGCGUCACCUACACAACUCUGAUCACAGUUGCCUGGGUGAAUGGUUUGUUCUGGGCUCUGAUGCCAGUAAUGGGGUGGGCAAGUUAUGCCCCAGAUCCAACAGGGGCUACAUGCACCAUCAAUUGGAGGAACAAUGAUUUGUUGUUUGUUUCCUAUACCAUGACGGUAAUUGCGGUUAAUUUUGUGGUACCACUGUCGAUCAUGUUCUUCUGCUAUUACAACGUGUCAAAAACAAUGAAAAGAUGUACACACCAUGAUAGACUGCAAAAUAUAACCUUGGAUUGGUCAGAUCAACUUGAUGUAACAAAGAUGUCUGUUGUGAUGAUUGUGAUGUUCCUUGUGGCUUGGUCUCCGUAUUCCAUUGUGUGCUUAUGGUCUUCUUUUGGAAAUCCUAAACUCAUCCCAGCUGCAAUGGCAAUUGUAGCUCCACUUUUUGCAAAGUCGUCCACUUUCUAUAAUCCUUGCAUUUAUGUCAUUGCAAAUAAGAAGUUUCGGAGAGCCAUCAUUGCAAUGAUACGCUGCCAGACUCAACAGGAUUUAACUACCAGUCACACUCUGCCUAUGGCCAUCUUGAAGGCACCUUUAACAGAAUAAACAGAAUUGACAGCAAACUAUUAGGCUGCCUAAGUGGCUGGGACUGAGUUUGGAAUGAUUACACGGCUGGUGAGGG